UCCUGGAGGACUAUGCAGAUCCCUUUGAUGCGGCGCAGGUGGCUGGUAGCCAGGCAGGGCUGGAGAAGGUGAUGGAGAACGAUGGAUACAUGGAGCCGUAUGAAGCCCAGAAGAUGAUGGCUGAGAUCCGCCAGAAGGGCUUACGGGAGGCUCCCGCCCGGCCACUGCACCUCUACGACACUCCCUACGAGCCCGUGCUUGGAGGGCUGGACAUGGAUGGGCUGGACAUGGAUGGUGACCGCCUGGCUUGCCCCAGGCCCAGGGAGUCCCGGCUGCCUGAGGAUGACGAGCGGCCGCCAGAGGAGUACGACCAGCCCUGGGAGUGGAAGAAGGAGCGGAUCUCCAAAGCCUUUGCAGUUGAAAUCAAGGUCAUUAAAGACCUGCCAUGGCCACCGCCAGUGGGACAGCUCGACAGCGGUGAAAGCCCCCCGGACGGUGAGUCCAGUGCCUCCGUCCCUCCGCAGCACAGCCAGCCCAGCUACGAAGACGCCAACGGUCCAUCAGAGGGGCUGGGGUACGGCCGCACCUCGCCCUGCAGGGAGGAGAAGGCCAGGGCUGCCCUCAGGCAUGGCUCCAGCAGCCUCAAGAGCACGAAGAUGCUGAUCGCAGAGCCUGGCCCCUUUGUCGGGGAGAGGAUUGACCCUGCCCUGCCCCUGGAAAGCCAGUGCUGGUACCACGGGGCCAUCAGCCGGACGGACGCGGAGACGCUGCUGAGGCUGUGCAAGGAGGCCAGCUACUUGGUGCGCAACAGCGAGACCAGCAAGAACGACUUCUCCCUCUCCUUGAAGAGCAGCCAGGGCUUCAUGCACAUGAAACUGUCCCGGACCCAAGAGAACAAGUACGUGCUGGGUCAGCACAGCCCACCCUUCGACAGCGUGCCAGAGAUCAUUCAUCACUACGCCAGCCGCAAACUGCCCAUCAAGGGGGCUGAGCACAUGUCCUUGCUUUACCCGGUGGCUAUCCGUACUCUAUAGUCCUCACCCACCACGAGCCAGGCUCGAGGCCGGGUGCACCCGAAACUGGCCCGUCCGCAGGGCCGAGCGCCACCGUGCUGAGGAUGGGCUCUGGACCAGCAGCCCGCGAGCAGCUCGCUGGGCACAGCCGGCGCUGUUGGGGAUUGCUGCAGCCGGA